UGGCUGCGGUCGCGCGGCGAUAUGUGCAGAUAGAGUAGGCCGUGUGGCAGUGUAUUGCACCGCAACAAAUGAACCGCGCCUCGUAAUAAGGAUAUUCGCCCGCCGAAUCAGCUCAAUCAUUACAAAUUUAAAAAUGGUUUUACAAACAGCAGCAUACCUCAUAGUAUUCACCCAACUAUGCGCAGCUGACAUUCACAGAGGAGGUAUACUCUUCCCCAGGGAAUCAGAAACCCGGCAAGUAGUUUCUCUGGACGGGAUUUGGAACUUCGUUGUCCCAAAUACAAGCAAUCCUUUCGUAGGAUUCGACUUCCAUUGGUACAAGAAGGACCUGAGGGAGCAGGCCGCCAAGUCGAAGGUCCUAAUGAUGCCAGUGCCAUCUAGUUACAAUGACAUAACUACAGACUGGAGGAUAAGAGACCACGUGGGUUUAGUGUGGUAUGACAGGACCUUUUUCGUGCCGAAGUACUGGUCUGAAAUAGGCAGGAUAUGGUUAAGGUUUGGUUCAGUGUCGUACGCAUCCCAGGUGUGGGUAAACGGACAGUUGGCUAUGAGUCACGAAAUGGGACACUUACCCUUUCACAGCGAGAUAACCCAGUACCUGAAGUUCGGUAAAGAAAACAGGGUGACAGUGGCUUGCGACAAUACCUUACUGGCUGAUACCGUUCCGCAGGGACGGGUUGAAGAAUUAGAAAGUGGUAGACUCUUCCAAAGCUACACCUUCGAUUUCUUCAACUAUGCAGGCAUAGACAGGCCAGUGAAACUUUACACCACUCCAAAGACUUACAUAGACGAUAUAUCAGUAUUAACCAUCGAUUUACAGCCCUCGACAGCAUUCUUGGAAUACAACAUUAGCAUCGUGGGAGACGCAAACAUCACCUGCAGGGUGAGUCUAAUCGACAAAAAUCGAAACGUCGUGGCCACUAGCGGAGACUACUCUGAUGUCUACGGCAUACUCAGGGUGGACAAUCCAAGUUUGUGGUGGCCGUAUCUCAUGCAUCAAGAACCAGGCUACCUCUACACCUUCCAGGUGGAACUGUUGGACGAAUAUGGCGACCUGGUGGACAAGUACAGUUUGCCCUUCGGCAUUCGCACGGUAACGUGGACCAACACCUCCCUCCUAAUAAACAACUACCCCGUGUACCUCCACGGGUUCGGCAGGCACGAAGACGCCGACAUCAGGGGUAAGGGACUCGACCUACCCUUGGUGGUGAGGGACCAUAAUCUUAUCAAAUGGAUAGGCGCUAACGUCUACAGGACCUCGCAUUACCCUUAUGCGGAAGAAAUCAUGGACGUUGCCGACGAGAUGGGAAUCAUGAUUAUAGACGAGUGCCCCAGCGUUAACACAGAAUUUUUUAUUGAUUCGUUGCUGGCCAAACACAAGGUGUCCUUGACGGAACUAAUAAAAAGGGAUAAGAAUCGUCCGAGCGUGAUAAUGUGGAGCGCUGCCAAUGAACCUAGGACUCAGUAUGCUGCUGCCAAGGAAUAUUUCAGGAACGUCAUCGACCAUAUUAAAAGUCUUGACAUUUCACGGCCUACUACAAUCGCGGAAGCACAAAAUGUGAACGUAGUCGAAUCGUCCCGUUUCGUGGACAUCAUCAGCUUCAACCGCUACAACGGCUGGUACAGCAAUGAAGGCAACCUGGACAUCGUAACCGACUAUGUCAUCAGAGAGGCCACAGCUUGGCACCAGAAGUUCAACAAGCCCGUCAUCAUGCAAGAAUAUGGCGGCGACACUCUAGAAGGUCUUCAUUUUAUUCCUCAAUAUAUCUGGUCUGAAGAGUAUCAGGUCACUCUGCUAUCCAAACACUUUGAAGCGUUUGAUCGCUUAAGAGCCUCGGGAUUCUUUAUAGGAGAGUUUAUUUGGAAUUUCGCUGACUUCAAAACAGCUCAAACCUAUACAAGGGUGGGGGGCAACAAGAAGGGCAUCUUCACGAGGAGCAGACAGCCGAAGGCCAGCGCUCACCACCUGAGGAAGCGAUACUGGGGUUUGGCUCAGGAAUAUUACAAUGCCACGCCUCCUGAAGAUCUCAACCAUUACGUUGUGUCUAAGCCGCAAUCUGUUCGAGUGGAACUGUGAUAAUAUACAUAUAAUUAAUUGUAAAUAUUAUUUACAAGUAGAUUUUCUGUAGUUAUAUUUGUAAGGGUUAACAUAAGUUUUAGACAGUAAUUUGAAUAAAUUAUUUUUUAAAUG